GGCAGCACACAGCAGAGCAGCGGAGAAACGUAUGCAACGCAGAUGUCGAAAACCACCAUGACCUCUGAGGCAGCUGAGCGGGGUGGACAGGGAACGUGUCUGCUGGGAGAUCAGCACGUUCACAGAGACGAGGUGAGACAGAUCAUCCGGGAGUGUCAGGAGGAAAGCUUCUGGUACCGAGCUCUUCCUCUGUCUUUGGGCAGCAUGGCCAUCACCGGAGCUCUCCUCUACAAUGGUGUCCUGCAUCCCUCUAAGAGGUUCGGACCCCUCCCGAAGCUUGCAGUGGCUGGCAUCCUUGGUUACAUACUAGGAAAGGCCUCCUACAUGAGAAUGUGCAGAGACAAGUUCCAGAGGCUUGGGUUCGAGCCUUUUGGCCCCGGGUUCAGCCCAAGAUUCAGGAGGGGCUUCCACCCGGAACACAAGAGGCAGUGUCACCACGUGUGUAAGGAGUGUGAAAAGAACCAGGCACCCCCAACUCCAGAGAGAGAACAGAGCUGAAGAGCAUGUAUCAGAUGCAGCUAUGACCACAAAGGACUUGUUGUGCACAGGUGUUUUUGUGGUGCUCACAAAAAGUUUACCCCAGAUAAUACAAAUAAACUUUUCCACUUUAUCUAUCCUGUCUGAUUUGUCAUUUUCCAUCCAUGAUCCAGUCCCUUUAACAAAGGAAAAGC